AUGGCUUCGACAACACCUGGCGGCAUCAAGCUGUCGACGGAGCAUCUCGACCAAGCCGAACAAGCACUAUCCCGAUUGACCUCCAAGGCCGGUGCCCAGCCUCAAGUUGACCCCAAGGAAAGCUUGCACGCACCUGCCAGUCACGAAUCAUCACACUCCUGGUUCCGCUCCCUCUUCCCGUACAACUCCCUAGAAGACCUAGAAAAUGCGUGGCACAUGGGCAAUUAUGUCAUCGACCGCAAGACUGGUCAGAAAUCAUUCGAGGAGAUGAGCAUUUAUGUCCGACUCGGCAUGCACCUUCUGUAUUAUGGAUCAGAACAGCAAAAGGCUCUUCACUGGAAGCGGGCACAGGACAUGCUCCGGAAUCAAAGUGUCAGCAUGGGAAAGCAAUAUGAUGAUCCGCAGAGCAAGGACCAUAUUCAGCCCUUCAUUGACAGUUUUCAUUUGAAAGGCUCGCUUUCCGAGCUAAAGGAGCCCGACCCUACGAAGUACAAGACCUUCAACGAUUUUUUCGCGCGAGAGCUGAAGGACGGUGCUCGGCCGAUCGCAGAGCCGGAGAAUGAACGAGUGCUUUCAAGCCCUGCUGACUGUCGACUAACUGUUUUUCCAACCGUUGAUCUGGCCAAGAAGUAUUGGAUCAAGGGCAACGGAUUUACGCUUGCUGCACUCCUGGGAUCUGACAAGCUGGCGAGUCAAUUUGAGGGUGGCAGCAUCGUGAUUGCGCGACUUGCGCCCCAGGAUUACCAUCGAUGGCAUUCGCCGGUGACUGGCAAAGUCAACAGCAUCACUGAUAUUCCUGGGACUUACUACACUGUCAACCCGCAAGCCAUCAAUGAGGCCGGAACAUUGGACGUUUUCUGCGAAAACAAGCGAUCGGUCAUGAUGAUUCAGCGUUCGGGCACCGGAAGUCCAGUCGCCGUCAUUGCUGUCGGAGCGAUGCUCGUGGGGAGUAUCAGAUACAAUCCUGGCAUCCAGGUAAAUGCGGAGGUGCGAAGAGGGCAGUGCUUGGGUGCCUUCCUUUAUGGAGGCAGCACGGUGAUAGCUGUUUUCCCAAAGGCCGAGGCCGCUCUCGAUGACGAUCUGGUCCGGAACUCUACUGAACAAGUGUGCGAGACUCUCGUCAGAGUUGGGGAUCGUAUUGGUGUCACUCCGGACCAGGUUUAG